AUGACUCGACACGGGAAGAACUGCACAGCGGCAUCCGUGUAUUCGUACCACGAACGACAACGAGACGCGAAAGUCAGUGGAUAUGGAACGCUUCAUGCUCGACUGGGUGCGGAUUCAAUCAAAGGAUUCGACUGCUGUUCCCUUACUCUUCAACCUUGCAAGGAUCCCGUUAUUACACCAAAUGGAUAUCUUUUCGAUCGUCGAGCGAUCUUGGAAUAUAUCUUGGCACAGAAAAAAGAGAUUGCAAAACGAACAAAGCAAUGGGAGAAACAAAUGACGGUUAACAGUGAAGAAUUAAAGAAGAAACGUGCUGGAAGCGCAAUCAUAGUUCAACCUGCUCAAAAAGUGAGAGCGAUUGGAAAUGAAGGAGACAUUUCGAAUAUGAGAGGAGAGAAAAGUAAGCAACUGCCAAGUUUUUGGAUCCCUGAACUCAACCCUACUGCGGACGCAACAAAAUUGGAGAAACCGUCCCAGAAAGUUCUAUGUCCUUUGUCCGGGAAGCCAUUGAAGCUGAAGGAUCUUAUGGAUGUUAAAUUCACGCCAAUUCCAAAAGAUGAUGAUAAAUCUCUGAUUGUAGCGCAGACCCGUUAUAUGUGUGCAGUUACUCAUGAUGCUCUUACGAAUGCCACAAGGUGUGCAUAUCUUAAAAAAUCGAAGUGUAUUGUUACUUGGGACGUAGUAGAAACGCUGAUUAAGAAAGACUGGCUCGACCCUAUCAACGGGGAUGCCAUGACUGAAGAUGAUAUUGUUGAGCUUCAAAGAGGAGGAACGGGCUUCGCAGCUACGAAUCAAGUAAAAGCGAAAUUAAUACGCCCACAACUAGAGCUUCAAUGA